CUGAGUGUCGUGCUCGCUCGGUAGAGGAGGGAUUGGUUAGGCGGCGGCAGCGGCGGCGGCAGGAGAACAGCAGCAGUGGCGGCGACGGUGGCGAGGUGUUCGGUCUGCGCAGCACAGAAACGCCCGCAGCUUCAGGGAAGGAGUUCUUGUGGGAUCAAAUCAGGCGUUCUGAACCCAGGCCGGGUGAACUGGGCCGAACCAGGCGCUGCCGCUCGUACUGUUUGGUGGCGGUGACAGACGCAGCUCUUGACUAUAGGGGCCUAUUAGGCCGAGAUCUGAAAGCCCAGAUCACUGGCUCUCGACGCAUCCUCUUCCCCUCUUCCAUCUGCUGUCUUCCUUCCUGGGCCAGUGAUUCCCGGACUCUGGGAAAAGGGUAGCUAAUGAUUAAGAAACCUGUAAUCGUUCAGUUAAAGUCCAGAAUUGCGUUUGAAUGCCUUACACCUCUGUUCUUUCUUUCCUGAUCCCACCGAUUCUUGGUAACAGCUGACCCAGGUUUCUACAGAUUUCCUCAAGGCUGGGCAGUUGUUGGCGAGGAUCAUCAGUUUUGCUUUGCCAUGUCCGAUCAUGUUCAGCUGCUUGUACCCCAGUACAUACUUCCACUUUUCGCCUCCCUUAAAGUUUCCCAUGUCUCAAUGGACUCCUGAAUAUAACAAGCUCUAUACCUUAAAAGUGGAUAUGAAGAGUGAGAUUCCUUCUGAUGCGCCAAAGACACAGGAGAGUCUGAAAGGGAUCCUCUUGCAUCCACAGCCCAUUGGGGCAGCCAAAAGUUUUCCUGCAGGAGUUGAGAUGAUUAACAGUAAAGUGGGGAAUGAAUUCUCUCAUUUGUGUGAUGAUUCUCAAAAACAAGAGAAGGACAUGAAUGGUAACCAACAAGAGCAAGAAAAAAGUGUUGUUGUGAGGAAAAAACGCAAAAGCCAGCAGGCUGGCCCUUCUUACAUGCAAAACUGUGUUAAAGAGAACCAGGGAAUAUUAGGAUUGAGGCAACACCUAGAAACACCAAGCGAUGAAGAUAAUGAUUCCUCUUUUAGUGAUUGUCUUUCUUCUCCUUCAUCUAGUCUGCAUUUUGGAGAUUCUGACACUGUGACUUCAGAUGAGGAUAAAGAAGUCUCUGUAAGACAUUCCCAGGCAAUUUUGAGUGCUAAAAGUAGAACUCAUAGUGCACGGUCCCAAAAGUGGCCUCGGACAGAGACAGAAUCUGUUUCAGGAUUGUUAAUGAAAAGACCCUGUUUUCAUAGCAGUUCAUUAAGGAGACUUCCAUGCAGAAAGAGAUUUGUGAAAAAUAAUUCCUCACAGAGGACACAGAAACAAAAAGAGAGGAUAUUAAUGCAGAGGAAAAAACGAGAAGUAUUAGCCCGAAGAAAAUACGCGUUGCUCCCCAGUUCUAGUAGUUCCAGUGAGAAUGACCUCAGCAGCGAAUCCUCUUCCAGCUCAUCAACUGAAGGAGAAGAAGAUUUGUUUGUUUCUACCAGUGAAAACCACCAAAACAAUCCAACUGUUCCCUCAGGAAGUAUUGAUGAAGAUGUUGUGGUGAUAGAAGCUUCCUCCACUCCCCAGGUCACUGCCAAUGAAGAAAUUAAUGUUACCUCAACUGACAGUGAGGUGGAGAUUGUAACAGUUGGAGAAAGCUAUCGGUCUCGUUCAACUCUUGGACACUCCAGAUCUCAUUGGAGCCAAGGUUCAAAUUCUCAUACAAGUCGGCCACAGGAGCCACGGAACCGCAGUAGGAUCUCUACUGUUAUUCAACCCUUGAGGCAAAAUGCAGCAGAAGUUGUGGACCUUACUGUUGAUGAAGAUGAACCUACUGUAGUACCAACCACUUCUGCAAGAAUGGAAUCACAAACCACAAGCACUUCCAUUAACAAUUCAAAUCCAUCUACCUCUGAGCAGGCCUCUGAUACUGCUUCAGCUGUCACUGGUAGUCAACCCCCCACAGUGUCAGAGACUUCAGCUACUCUUACAAGCAAUAGCAUGACUGGUACUUCCAUAGGAGAUGACUCAAGGAGAACUGCAUCUAGUGCUGUAACAGAAGCUGGCCCUCCUGCAAUGCCAAGGUUACCUUCCUGCUGUCCCCAGCACUCACCAUGUGGAGGGUCGUCACAGAAUCACCAUGCAUUAGGACAUCCACACACAAGUUGCUUUCAGCAGCAUGGCCACCAUUUUCAGCAUCAUCACCACCACCAUCAUACUCCCCACCCGGCUGUCCCUGUUUCUCCCUCCUUUAGUGAUCCUACUUGCCCUGUGGAAAGACCUCCACAAGUACAAGCACCUUGUGGAGCCAAUAGUAGUUCUGGUACCAGCUAUCAUGACCAGCAGGCAUUGCCAGUAGACCUGAGCAACAAUGGUAUCAGAAGUCAUGGAAGUGGUGGUUUUCAUGGAGCGUCUGCAUUUGACCCCUGCUGCCCUGUUUCUUCUUCCCGAGCUGCAAUCUUUGGCCAUCAGGCUGCUGCUGCUGCCCCGAGUCAGCCAUUAUCCAUAGACGGCUAUGGAUCAAGCAUGGUUGCGCAGCCCCAGCCCCAGCCCCCUCCACAAGCCUCACUGUCAUCAUGUCGACAUUAUAUGCCACCUCCUUAUGCCUCCUUGACAAGACCACUUCAUCAUCAAGCCUCUGCCUGUCCCCACUCUCAUGGAAACCCUCCUCCUCAGACUCAGCCUCCACCUCAAGUGGAUUAUGUUAUUCCUCAUCCUGUACAUGCUUUCCAUUCUCAGAUAUCUUCUCAUGCAACAUCUCACCCUGUGGCACCCCCACCCCCGACUCAUUUAGCCAGUACAGCUGCACCAAUCCCUCAGCAUCUUCCUCCCACACACCAGCCAAUCUCACACCACAUCCCAGCCGCGGCACCUGCAGCACAGAGACUGCAUCCUCAUGAAGUGAUGCAGAGGAUGGAAGUUCAAAGGAGGAGGAUGAUGCAGCAUCCAACUGGUCUUUUUGUGUUCUGUGUUUCCAGGCGGGCACAUGAACGGCCCCCACCCCAUCCACAUAGGAUGCACCCAAACUAUGGUCAUGGGCAUCAUAUUCAUGUGCCUCAGACUAUGUCCUCACAUCCUCGACAGGCUCCAGAGAGAUCUGCCUGGGAGCUGGGGAUUGAAGCUGGAGUGACUGCGGCCACUUACACGCCUGGAGCGCUGCACCCUCACUUGGCCCAUUACCAUGCGCCACCUCGACUUCACCACUUACAACUAGGAGCUCUUCCUUUAAUGGUUCCUGACAUGGCAGGCUACCCUCAUAUUCGUUACAUUUCAUCAGGAUUGGAUGGAACAUCAUUCAGAGGUCCUUUCAGGGGCAAUUUUGAGGAACUGAUUCAUUUGGAAGAAAGAUUAGGAAAUGUGAAUCGUGGUGCAUCCCAGGGGACAAUUGAAAGAUGUACAUAUCCACAUAAAUACAAAAAGGUAACAACUGAUUGGUUCUCACAGAGGAAACUGCACUGCAAACAAGAUGGGGAAGAAGGGACUGAGGAAGACACAGAGGAAAAAUGUACUAUCUGUUUGUCUAUUUUAGAGGAAGGUGAAGAUGUGAGGCGCCUUCCCUGUAUGCACCUUUUCCACCAAGUGUGUGUUGACCAGUGGUUGAUCACCAAUAAGAAGUGCCCCAUAUGCAGAGUGGACAUUGAGGCCCAGCUGCCAAGUGAAAGUUGACACCAUGUCUCAGAACUCUUGCCCUCCCUCUCAUUCCCAUCCUCCUGGUACUGCAGUCAACCAAAGAUGGCGUGACUUACCUGCGCAGAUUUGGAAGCCUUGAACUUAGAGUGCGGCUCUGCUAUAUGGUACAACUAAUGCUAGACCUACAGUUUAUGUAUACAGUUGAGUUUGAUGUAUUUAUAAAAGCUUUUUUUUUUCUAGGUUUGACAUUUUUCCUGUAUCAUUUUACUGUAUUUUUGCAUGGUUCCUUGUAUUGCAUUUCUUUGCACAUAUUAUGGGCUUGUGACCCUAAACUUGCAGGCAAGAUUAGCUGCUUUAGUAAGUAGAAUUUUGUGGUCUUUUUGUUUUUUACAUAGUACCAGGUCUUGAGAAUUAUGAAUUUUUUUUAUCCAUUACUAACCUUUAAUUUAAUCAAUCAUGUGCUUUAGUUUAAUGUAUAAAGAUCCUCUAGAAAAUGAUAAUAUUGUGUAUUAAGACAUUCCUUAAUUAGGACAAAAUGGCUGCUGUAUAUUUACAAUAUGGAGUUCUGAGUUAAAUACCAUCCUUAAUACUGGGAACAGAAUACAAACCAUAUUCAAUCAGAUGCAGGUGGUAUUCACAUCACCAGAGUGAUCAAUAGACAUGUUCUUGGUGUAUCCUUUUCCUUUCAGCACAACGCAGAUAGAGUUGAAUAUUGAUAUCAUACAUAUAGACUGCUGUUCUGAUUGUAUUUAUCUUUUUCCUACAUAAUUUAGAACUUUAUUUCCCUGAUUCAGUUUUUGCUGCUGUGAAACAGCUCUGAUGAACACUAAAUAUUAAUUUCAAUUAGCUGGAUUGUACAUACUUGCAGAUUUAACAAAAUUUUAGGGAAAUUGAAGAAGACAUGUAGAAUUUUGUUCAGUCUUCUGCUAAGCACGUUACAGUAACGAUAUCUGCUUAACAUUGAUUUUGUAAUAAACACAUUCAGUCAGGAGUUAGAAUUGCAGUCAUUGGCAGGUAUCUAUGCAUUCAUAGAACUUCUAAAGGUCCCAGGAUCACUUUUAAGGGAUUUUAUUAGUUUAAAGAUAAAUAAAGUCAGCUGAAUCUACAUGUCUCUUGUUUUAUUUCUCUUUAAACUUGAAAACAGUAAAUCUGCAGAUACUGUGAGGCACAAACCUACUGUUGCUCUGGUUUUAGACGCCCACUUCAUACAUUACCAAGAGUCGAUCACUGAUUUAAAAAUUUUAAUUUCUAUAGUUAAGAUUUACUGCAUAAUAUAGAAUAUAAAGUUAAGUUAACGUACUAACAUUUCUCCUUUGGAGAAAGUUUUAAUCCACUUCAGGAUGCAUAUUAUCAAGAUACUUUCAUAUACAGGAUAGCCUAAUUUUAUUUGUCUAAAUAUGCUUAAUAUGCCCCAGAUUGCAAAUGCAUCAGUCAGUAACGUCACUGUCUGUAUGUGGAAGACAUGUUCCCAUGGAUCAUAUGUGAAGAUGUCAAUAAGCUUGCAUUAAGCCACCUGCUUUGUAAGUGGAUUGAUUAAUAAAUAACUUAUAUUUCUAUUGUC